AGACGCAGUUUUUACAAAAAUAAAAACACCUUGCAGUCAGCCGUGUGAGGGAUAGAGCACUUGCACGCACGGAUACACAGUGCAUGCGCAGUGUAGGCGGUGGCAGUCACGUGAGAGCGGAGGAGCCCGGGAGGGGGGAUCACGUGAGCACUCAGCUGCUGCAACAUGGCUGGCACCACAGAGACGGGAUGAUAACCUCGGGUGAUAGUUGUGCUGAAAACAAGCCCGCCUCCAACCCCAGCACGCUGCUGUUUCAAACUGGGCCUCUGAGAAAAUAAUCGCAAGGGUGUAUCCAGGUUUGGGGUCGUCAACCGCUCCACAAACCACGGGGAAAGUGGAGAAGUAAAUGAAUUCAGACGACAACAAGCAGCAGACGAGCCUGCACUCUCAGUCACGAUGAGCCGGGCAAAAUAAGAAGUGUCUCGUUUCCCUGAAAUCCUGCUUUCCUGUCUGAUCGGGAUCCAAAUCAAAACUCUCUCUCUUGCCACCCCAAUGGAGGUUUAAGUGGACUGGGAGCGAGUGGGGCUCGUUGGCAGCGCAGGUGGGCAUAGUCCAGCCAGCGAACGCCAGCAUGGAGUGGCUGAUCUGUGCCGUGGAGAGGGACCUGGGCAUCGACCGACAGCAGCUGGCCCCGGGUUCAAGGCCGCGGGAGCUGGUGGCGUACGUGCCCGCGAGAUGGGUGUCGGGGGUGAGGGAGGGCAGGGUCCCGCGGUGCCCACGCCCCGAGGGGGUGAGCGAGGUGGAGGUGCAGACUCUCCUGCAGCGCUCCCUGCACAAGCUGCCCCAGGGCUGGACCCGGGUCUGUGUUCAGGGGCUGAGGAAGAGCAGGCUGGGCUACCGUCUCACCUGGGAGCCGGGCUGCCAAGGAGUGGGCUCCUCGGAGGACUCCUUCCUGAGGCUCAUGCAAGAGGUGGGAGAGCACAACUACAGGAACCUGUGGAGGAGGGCUCACCGGACUUACGUGCGUCCGUAUUCGGGCAGCGCUGAGCGGAUCCAAGUACAGGCCCUGGAUGCCGUGCGGCAGGCUCUGCAGAAGCUGUUCGGCUGCCCCUUUGUGUCGACCGAGCGCGGCUCCCCGUCCCUCUCUCCGGCCAGGGAAAGAGAAAAGGACGACCCCCUUCUAUCCAGCGGCCCCUCCAAAACAGCACACCCCCUCUGCCCCAACGUGCUGCGCGCCGAAUGCUUGCUGGAGUCCAGAGACGUGCUGUACGUGGUUCAGCCUUACACGCAGUAUUCCCUGCGCGACGUCGUCACCUACAGCCCCGCCAAGCUGGCAAACAGCCACGGCAAAGUGCUGUUCAUUCUCUACCAGGUCUUGCAGGCGAUGAGGGCUUGCCAGAACGCAGGUCUGGCUUGCGGGGAGCUUUCGCUGGAGGACGUCGCUGUGGACGAACAGCUGUGCAGCCGGCUGAAAAUCAGCCUUAUGCACUACGAGCAGCUGGCUGCUGAGGAGGAGGAGGAGGAGGAAGAGAGGGGUGUUGGCAGCAGACAUGCCAAGUCUAGCAGUAAUAAUGGUAAGAGAGAAGGAAUGGAAAGAGAAGAGGCUCAGUGUCAGGACUGCCGUGCCAAGCUGCAGCACGUGGUUACGGAUUGGAUCCACGGGCGGGUCACUAACUUCCACUACCUGAUGGAGCUGAACCGGCUAGCGGGGCGCAGGGAAGGGGACCCCAACUACCACCCGGUCCUGCCUUGGGUCGUUGACUUCACCGUCCCGUUUGGCAGGUUCCGGGACCUCCGGCGGUCCAAAUUCCGCCUGAACAAAGGGGACAAGCAGCUGGACUUCACCUACGAGAUGACCAAGCAAGCGCUGGCGGCGGCAGGGGGCGGAGCGGGGACGGGCGUCUUCCCUGGGGGGCUGGGCGGCGGCCCCAGCGGCUCAGGCCAGGUCGAGCAGCUGCACGUUCCCCACCACAUCUCGGACGUGCUCUCCGACAUCACCUACUACGUUUACAAAGCCCGCCGGACCCCCAAAGCCGUGCUGUGCAGCCACGUGCGCUCGCAGUGGGAACCCAACGAGUACCCGGCCAGCAUGGAGCGCAUGCAGAGCUGGACACCCGACGAGUGCAUCCCCGAAUUCUACACCGACCCCUCCAUCUUCAAGUCCAUCCACCUGGACAUGCCCGACCUGGACGUCCCGCCCUGGUGCGGCUCUUACGAGGAGUUCAUAGAGGCACACCGGAGGCUGCUGGAGAGCAGUGAGGUCUCCCAGCACUUGCACCACUGGAUAGACCUCACCUUCGGCUACAAGCUGUCCGGGAAGGACGCGGUCAAGGCCAAGAACGUCUGCCUCCACCUGGUGGACAGCCACACCAACCUCACAAGCUAUGGAGUGGUGCAGCUCUUCGACCAGCCCCACCCACAGAGGCUGGCUCCCUGCCUGUACCCCUCCCCGGAGCCUCCCCACCUAGGCUCCGCUGCCUUCCUGGCCCCGCUUCGUAAGCUUCCUGCCUGGGAGCCGACGAUGUCGCCCCUGCUGCCGGAGAGCCUGGAGGGCCUGGUGGUGGAAGCCACGGGUUGCGAGGCUGGAGGCUGGACCGUGGUGGAUAAAGACGAGGAGCUGGAGCAAGGGAUGGAGGCUCUGGAUUCCCUGGGGGCUAAUCAGAGUUCUGCCUUGCCGUCCAGCAGGAAAGCUGGAUCAGAACAGGUGCCUCCACCCUUGGCAGCUUCCCAAGCUUUAGUCUUCCCUGCUGAGGCAGCUGCCUCGCCUACAGGAGGAGGAGGAGUUCGAGGCCAGAGAGGAGCCAGCAGCGUCAUUAGAAGGCAGCAGCUGCAAGGAGGCGAGUCGUCAGGAGGAGGGAGUGGGGGAAGGAACGGUGAGGAUUACAAGAUCUCCCUCCCGGAGGGUUUCAACCCCCUGCAGCCUCUGGAGGAGCUGGAGAAGCGGAGUCACUUCCUGGUGAAGGGGCUGCAGGCCGAGGCCCAGGUUGGGGGAGGCAGGGGCCGCAGCAGGGUGAAGAAGCCGGGGACAGAAGGAAGAGGACCUGAGGAGGAGGAGGAGGGUGACGUCUCUCUGGAAGAGUUCAGCCCGUCCCUUUCCGAACUGUUCCAGAGAGACAUGCAAGCCCUGGGGGUCCUGAUGGCAGAGAUAUUCUUCGCCCCUAAGCUGCGCUUCUUAAAGCCGGGUGCCCCUCUCUGGGAUCGCUACGCGGCGGUGCGGAAACUCUGCUCCUCGAGCCUCCGUGACGUUCCCUCGCCCCUUCACCACGCCCUGGAGACCCUCUUGCAGCUCGGGACCGAGGCUCCCCGCAGCAGAGGAGGCGAGGGCGGGAGACGACGGCUCGGUCUCUUCGAGUACGAACCUGUUUACGAGGGUCUUCCCCCUCCCUGCCCCUGGCAGCUGCUCAGCCCUUCCUCCUCGCCGCUCCCCUUCCCGGCGUACUUCCCGGCACUGCACAGCUUCAUCUUCUCGUACCACUCCCAGGUCGAAGCCGGGGUCGGGGAGAGCUGUUCCCAAGGCAGGGACGUCGUCUUCCACUUGUGGCGUCAGCUGGAAAGCCUCCUGCAGGGGCAGAUCACGCCCGAGGGCUUGGAGAUCCUUCUCCCCUUCGUGCUGGCUCUCAUGUCCCACGAAUCCACGGCUGUCUACGCGGCCUGGUACCUCUUCGAGCCCAUUGCCAGGGUCCUGGGCCCCCGUAACGCAGCCAAGUACCUCCUGAAACCCCUGGUGGGGGUGUACGAGAGCCCCCGCUGCCUGCGCGGCCGCUUCUAUCUCUACACAGACUGCUUUGUCAUGCAGCUGAUCGUCCGGCUCGGGCUGCAGCCCUUCCUGUCCAGCUUGCUGGCCCACGUGCUGCAGGUCAUGACCGGGUCGGAGAGCUGCAGCGGUGGGGCCGGGACCACAUCUGAGUGGGAGAGCCGGAAGGUCCGAACUGGGCCUGGGAAUUUGGAAGGAGAGGAGGAGGACGACAGCGGGGAGGAAGGCUCCGUCUCUGGGGCUGCCGGUGGGAAAUCGGGAGGAAGCGUCGGGGGUGCCGGGGGAGGAGUGGAGAGAGAGCUGCUGGACUAUUCCUCCGGGAUCAGUUUUCACGAUCGGGUCUUCCUUUCAGAAGGAGAGGACUUCCAGAGCGGGCUUUACGUCAACGGCAAGCAGCAGGACCAAAACCCCGGCAGGGAUGACCAGGAGUCCCUCAGCGUGGGGAAGAUGAGCGACAAGAGCAGCGCCAGCGAGGCGUCCCUGGGGGACGGGGACUCCGUGAAGGAUCGAGCCAGCUUGAAGUCCACAGACAGCAGCCAGGAUCUGAAGCAGGCCAGCGAAGGGGAGGAGGAUUUGAAGGAGGGUGGGGAGGUCGAGGAGAACGAUGGAGACGGGUCCCCGACUCUCGGCUCGGAGCUCACUCUCUCCGCUCGCACUGAGGUUUCCGGGGCGACCACCGUGACUGUGCUGGAAGGAGAGGCUGGAGAAGAGGAGGAGGAGGAGGAGCAGGGGAUGGAGGGAGAGGAGGAACUGGCGGAAGAUUCAGAGGAAAAGGAGCAGAAAAUAUUACUCGACACCGUGUGUAAGACGGUGAGGUGGCUGUCGGCAAAGCUGGGGCCCACCGUGACGGCGCGCUACGUGGCCAGGAACCUGCUACGACUCCUCACCACGUGUUACCUGGGCCCGGACAGGCACCAGUUUGUGUCCUUGCCGGUGGAGGAGAGCGGUCUGGGGAACGUGGGGAGCGUGUAUGAGAAGCGGCCCGUGGUGGGGGACCAGACUGCCAGACCGGUGCUGGACUGCCUCAUGUACAUCGCACACCUGUACGGGGAGCCUGUCCUCACUUACCAAUACCUGCCUUACAUCAGCUACCUGGUGUCUCCGCCCUCGUCCUGCCGUCUGAACACGCGCAAGGAGGCGGGCCUGCUGGGGGCGGUGGUUCUGACCCAGAAGAUCAUCGUGUACCUGUCCGACACCACCCUCAUGGACAUGCUGCCGAAGAUCAACCAGGAAGUGCUGCUCCCCCUGCUCGACCUUCUCACCUCUCCCAGGAUGGGGUUCCCCAGCGGGGGGCGCACUCGCUCCGCUCUGUGCUUGAAGACAAUCAGCUUGCUGGCUCUGAUCUGCCUGCGGAUCGGGAGGGAGAUGGUGCAGCAGCACAUGGCUGCCACUCUGACCAGGUUCUUCCAGGUGUUCUCUCUGCUGCACGCCCUGCAGGAUCAGUUGGCUCAGGCUUCACGGAGGGAGCUCGGCGACUCCGUCCUGCUUGACCUUCGCUCCCCGGACGGGUCAGAGGUCACGUGUGAGCUGUCAGCGCUGGAGGAGCUGCAGGCCGUGUUUAACCCCGAAAUGGCCUACGCAUCGUACAUCCCAUUCUACUGCCUGAUAGGUGACUCAGUGAUCCGCAGGGUGGUCCCAAACCACGAGCUGGUAUGGCGAGUGACCCGGUCCUACACGGAGCAAGUGAGCCCGGAGAACCCAGCCCCCCCUCCCGGGCGCAGGGGAGAGCUGCUCACCCCCUCCUCGGGGCUCCCCCAGGACAACGACCCCUUCCCCCCUCCCUCCUCCCUGCACCAGCUCCCCGAAUCGGGAACCUUCGGCAGCAUGUUGGUGGGGAACCGAAUCCAGGUUGCGCUGGACUUGGAAACCAGCCCCAGCUGCAUUGGCAGUGCGGGCGGCGCCGAGGGCUGGUCCCGCCCCGGCUCCUCCCAUUUCUCCUCCCCUCCUGGUUCUAGCUCCGCCUCUCCCUGGCUAGGGAGCCACGCCCCCGAGGACAGCGCUCUGAAGCAGGAGCUGCCUCGCAGCGGGAGGGCUCUCUCGGGGAACUGGCUGGCUUACUGGCAGUACGAGAUCGGGCUGAACCAGCAGGACCCGCACUUCUACUUCCAUCAGAUCAGGCUGCAGAGCUUCCUGGGGCACAGCGGCCCUGCCAAGUGCCUGGCCCCGCUCACCGGAGAGGACUUCUUCCUGAGCGGCGGCAAGGACAAGACCGUGCGGCUCUGGCCGCUGUACAACCAGGGCGACGGCACGCGGGACGUGGAGGCGCGGCUCACCUACGCAGAGCACAGGAAGUCUGUCUUCUACGUGGGGCAGCUGGGGGCGCAGCAGGAGGUGGUGAGCUGUGACGGCACUGUGCACCUCUGGGACCAGAACACCGGUAAACAGAUUCGCACGUACGAACCGUUCGACAGCAAGAACCCCAUCACCGCCCUCUCCACCAUGCCAGCGCCGCACUGCAGCAUUGUGUUCGGCUGCGCUGAUUCCGUGCUCCGAUUCAUCGACCCCAGGAAGCCCGGGCUGCAGCACGAGUUCCGGCUGGCCUAUAACAACAUCAGCGCCGGGCUGAUCCGCUACCUGACGGUCAGUCCCGGCGGCCGGACCAUCGCGGCUGGCUUCUCCUCCGGGUUCAUCGUGCUGCUGGACGCCCGGACCGGCUUGAUCCUGCGGGGCUGGCCGGCCCACGAGGGAGACAUCCUGCAGAUGAAGGCUGCAGACAGUAACCUGGUGAUCAGCUCCUCCUCUGAUCACUCCCUGACGGUGUGGAAGGAGCUGGAGCAGAAGCCUCUUCACCAGUACAAGUCCACCUCUGACCCCAUCCAUGCCUUCGACCUGUAUGGCACGGAGAUCGUCUCUGGAACCGUGGCCAACAAGAUCGGGAUUUACUCCAUGCUGGACGUGUCGGCCAGCCCCGCCAGCACCACCAAGCUGAGCUCCGAAAACUUCCGUGGGACCCUCACCAGCCUGGCCGUGCUGCCCACCAAGAGGCUCCUCCUGCUGGGCUCUGAUAACGGAGCCAUCAGGCUCCUGGCUUGAGCGGUGGGCCUGGGGACACGGUUCCUGCGCAGAGAGCAGCUUGGCCGUUCUUUAAAGCCACCAGGGCAGCUAAUCCAGACGCCCCCCCCCCUCCUUCAUGGCGUUUAGACCUGGAUGGGGGAGACACAGUAGGUCGCAGGAUUAUACGGUCACUUUUUUUUUUUUUUUUUUUUUAAACCGAGCAAUGAUUCUCAAAGUAUUGAAAUGUUUCAGUGUUGUGGGAUUGGCCACGUCUGGAAAGGAGGAUUGCAUGCCGUGUGUGCACGGGGUCUUUCAUAAAUCCGGGACAAACCGGGUCCAGCUGCAUGGCCCUGGUGAUCCGGCAGCGCCGCAGUGCAUUGUGACAGAGCGCUUCCCUGACAGAGCAUUUCUCUAAUGAACCCCAGAGACUGCUGUGCCUGACAUUAAACAAUGAAACCUGCCAGGUAGAGAUACCAGAUCAUGAGAAACAAGAUGCUAGGACUUCCACUGCCACAGUGCUGCUGAAUAACUCCUGUGUGCCCCACGGUGUGCUUGACUCUCUGGAGAGAGGAGCGAGCGUGCUUGACUCUCUCUGGAGAGAGGAGCGAGCGUGCUUGACUCUCUCUGGAGAGAGGAGCGAGCGUGCUUGACUCUCUCUGGAGAGAGGAGCGAGCGUGCUUGACUCUCUCUGGAGAGAGGAGCGAGCGUGCUUGACUCUCUCUGGAGAGAGGAGCGAGCGUGCUUGACUCUCUCUGGAGAGAGGAGCGAGCGUGCUUGACUCUCUCUGGAGAGAGGAGCGAGCGUGCUUGACUCUCUCUGGAGAGAGGAGCGAGCGUGCUUGACUCUCUCUGGAGAGAGGAGCGAGCGUGCUUGACUCUGGAGAGAGGAGCCAGCGUGCUUGACUCUCUCUGGAGAGAGGAGCGAGGGUGCUUGACUCUCUGGAGAGUUGAGCCAGCGUGCUUGACUCUCUGGAGAGAGGAGCCAGCGUGCUUGACUCUCUGGAGAGAGGAGCGAGCGUGCUUGACUCUGGAGAGAGGAGCGAGCGUGCUUGACUCUCUCUGGAGAGAGGAGCGAGGGUGCUUGACUCUCUGGAGAGAGGAGCGAGCGUGCUUGACUCUCUCUGGAGAGAGGAGCGAGGGUGCUUGACUCUGGAGAGAGGAGCGAGCGUGCUUGAUUCGCACCUAUUUGCUUUCCCACCUGCAUGGGAAGAGUCUGCUGAAGUGUUCUCGUCCGGGUCACUUGAGACAAUUGUAAGCCAAAGGUGGAAGUAAUGAGAUGAAAUGAAAUUUUGAAUUAUGAAUUUAGAUGAACCUUUCAAUUUUGUAUUUCCUAUUUACAGCUUAUUAAAAACAAUCAGACUCUC